UAACCUCAAAUUUUCAGUCAAAUGCGCGCUGAGAAAUUGUGAAAAUAUCGCGAAUUUUAGUUGAAUAAUGGAUACAAGCGCAGAAUUGAAGGAUGUUUCUGAUGAGGCGGUGGUGGAGAUCAAUAAAUACCGGAAGAUGAUAACGGAUUUCAUAAAUUUGAGACGCUACCAAACAGCCUUGUUCUGGGCAGAGAAAGUGGCUGUGAUGAGCAAGUAUGAGACGAUGGACGUCUACUGGUAUGCCCAGUGUUUGUUCCUCCUAGAAGAGUACCACCGAGCUGCCUUCGUGUUGCGGUUGCACAAACUAGAGAAUAAGGAUCUCAUGUGUCACUGUCUGGUACUAGAGAGUCUCUAUAAAGCCCGAGAGUUUCAGGAAGCCAUAGACAUUGUCAAUUCCAUCGACUCGUACUACAUCAUGCAGUCGAAUGAUGAUUCCAUAGACAGGAAUGAGAUUAUGUCGGCAAUAACUCUUCUGAAGGGAAAGAUUCUGGAGGCGCUGGACAAGCGAUCCCUCGCCACGGAAUCCUACGUCCAGGCAUUGCAGACGUCCGUCUAUUGCUCCGAAGCACUAGAUUGUCUCACUCAACAUGAGAUGUUACUGGCUUCUGAGGAGAGAUCGCUAAUGGAUUCCCUACCGAUUGAAGAGCAGUGCUCAGAAGCUGAUGGGAAGAUCGUCAAAGUUCUCUACGAGAGCAAGCUAAAGAAAUAUUACGAUAAAAUCAACGCUCAUUUCCUUCCCGGGCGACUCAUCACGAGUAAUCUGAGUAUUCUGCAGUCGUUCAGGAAGAACAAGAAAGACACCUCAUCAACUCCAUUCAGCUUCACAAAGACCACUGAAUCCAUCAGGAAUCCUCAAGCACUCUUGCAAAUAACUAAGGCUACGCCACUCACCUCAAAGCUCUCGCAGGGAAAAACAUCGGCCAAGGCAGAGAAGGAAAGACUGCAACACAAAUUUUUUGACACACAGCAAUUGCCCCUGAAGGAGUGCCUGGCUCAACUCAUGCAGAGCAUAGAUAUGCUGGUGGCCAAGGCUGAGAGAUCCUUUUACAACUGCAACUACAAUCACUGUCUUAAGAUUCUGGAUGAGAUAUUCAAGCGCGAUCCUUUUCACACGCAGAGCUUGUCCAUCCAAAUCGGCUGCCUGUAUGAGCAGAAGGCAAUAAACAAGCUCUUCUACGUAGCGCACAAGCUCGUGGACUUGUAUCCGGAGCAGGCGAUCUCCUGGUACGCCGUCGGCAGUUACUACGACCUAAUCGGGAAGAGCGACUCAGCGCGGCGCUACCUUUCCAAGGCCACGACACUCGACAGAUUCUACAGUCCUGCCUGGCUAGCGUACGGGCACUCCUUCGCGAAGGAGAACGAGCAUGAUCAGGCCAUGGCGGCGUACUUUAAAGCCACUCAGCUCAUGCGAGGCUGCCACUUGCCUCUGCUUUACAUUGGCGUGGAGUGCGGCCUGACGAAGAACCUGGAGUUGGCGGAGAACUUCUUCGAGCAGGCGCUCGCAAUCGCACCCAUGGACGUGUCUGUGCUCCACGAGUUGGCCGUCAUUAAGUACGAGUACGAAUUCUUCAAGAAUGCUGAGGAAGUAUUUCGCGUGACGCUGGACGUGGUGAAGCGCCUUGCAGAGUGGAAUAACGAGGUCUUUUCCGCACGCUGGGAACCGCUUCUCAACAACUUGGGCCACUGUUGUCGUGUGAACAAGAAAUACGCCGAGGCGUUGGAGUUCCACCAGCAAGCGCUCGUGCUGAGGCCUCAGAAUGCCGCCACGUACACCGCCAUCGGCUUCGUGCAGGCCAUCAUGGGCAAUCUCGUGGAGGCCAUCGAAGCCUUCCACAAGAGCCUCGCGCUGAGGCGCAACGAGAUCUUCACCACUACUAUUCUCAAGUACGUCAUCGAGGAGUUCAUGGAGGAAUCGCUCGUCACGGAAGUGUACAGUGACACCUCGAAAAUCGUCGAUGACAAGAGCCCUCUGGCCACACCACUCUUCGCCACCGAAGAUCCCACGCGGCAGGAAUCCACUGAAAAUGCCAACAGCCAAUCGACUGUCUUCGAAAACUUCGACAUCAGCAUGGAUGAUUGA